AUGGCUCAUCCUUUGCAUAUCUACUAUCAGAAUACACAGGGCCUCCGAACUAAAACUCAAACCUUUUAUGAGAACCUAUUGUCCAGUAACUACGACGUCAUCUGCCUCAGCGAAACAUGGCUCAGUGGAAACAUCUUCUCUAGUGAGCUUUUCGGAGAUGGAUAUAUGGUCUACCGCAGGGACAGAGAAUCUUCCUCUUCCACUAAAUCUGAGGGGGGUGGAGUGUUGGUUGCUGUGAAGACUUCAUUUCGCACGACCCGUUGUACCGACCUAGAAACCGAGGCCGAGGAUGUUUGGAUAUCCAUCGACUCAAAUGGAGAUGGUCGCUUUCUGCUGUGUUGUGCGUAUAUUCCUCCGGGUUCCGAUAGUUCGUUGUGCGCAUUCGUGGACGGAUUAUGUAAGAACGAAAAUAAAAUUCAGGAGGGUGCUGUUCUGAUGGAGAAAUACUGUAUAGAGGCCAUUCUGGGGGAAGGCGGCUUUGGCCGCGUUUUCAGUGCCAGGGAACCUGGUCAGGAGGGCCAACGCCGUGCCAUCAAAGAGGUCCACCUGGAUCCCCUAGCCGCCAGGGAGGCAGAAUUCAUGGGCCUCUUUGACCACUGCAACAUACUGCCGCUCAUCGAGACGUUGGUGGAGCCCCCGCACUUAUACCUGGUCUUGCCGUUAUGUGAGGAGGAUUUGGGGACCUUCCUCGCCCGCGAGGGUCCGAGGAGGGGCCCCUCAUCCUUCUUCCGGGUGGUCCGCCAGAUCGCCGUGGGCCUCGCCGAAUGCCACCGGCACGGCGUGGUCCACCGCGAUCUGAAACCCGGUAACGUGCUAAGACGGGGGGCUCGGUUCAUGCUAGCUGACUUCGGAGUGGCCGAGCAAAUUACACCGUGCCGACCACUGCUGACAGAGUUGGCUGGAGCCCGGAACAACACCGCCGGGAACCGUACAACACCGCGGUGGAUCUAUGGGCCUUAG